CGCGGCGGGGUCCGGGGGUCGCAGCGGGGGCUCUAGCGCCCGCAAGCCGAGGCCUCCGUUCCUUUCGGAGGACGCUUAGUAAUUCUCGUGCCUACACGGGACGAGCAACGGGUUGCUCAACUUUCACGACAAAUCGGGCGACAGCAGCCGCUGUCUUUGGACUCGUAUCUUUUGAGAAAAAUGGAACGGUCCAGGGGCCUCACUGCCCUGGGCAAGUCUAAACUUCUAAGUUCUUUUGUUGAGAACCCCUGCCUCCGACUCCCGACAUUCUGGCAGUUAGAACAUGGCAACCAUAGAAGAAAUCGCACAUCAAAUUAUUGAACAACAAAUGGGAGAGAUUGUUACCGAGCAGCCAACUGGCCAGAAAAUCCAGAUCGUGACAGCACUUGAUCAUAAUACACAAGAGAAGCAGUUCAUUCUGACAAAUCAUGAUGGCUCUACUCCAAGCAAAGUCAUUCUGGCCAGGCAAGAUUCCACUCCAGGGAAAGUAUUCCUCACUACUCCAGAUGCAGCAGGUGUUAAUCAGUUAUUUUUUACAACUCCUGAUCUGUCUGCACAACAUCUCCAGCUCUUAACAGAUAAUUCUUCUCCAGACCAAGGACCAAAUAAGGUUUUUGAUCUUUGCGUAGUAUGUGGAGACAAAGCAUCAGGGCGUCAUUAUGGAGCAGUAACCUGUGAAGGCUGCAAAGGAUUUUUUAAAAGAAGCAUCCGAAAAAAUUUAGUUUAUUCAUGUCGAGGAUCAAAGGACUGUAUUAUUAAUAAACACCAUCGAAAUCGCUGUCAAUACUGCAGGUUACAGAGAUGUAUUGCGUUUGGAAUGAGACAAGACUCUGUUCAGUGUGAAAGAAAACCCAUUGAAGUAUCUCGAGAAAAAUCUUCCAACUGUGCCGCUUCAACAGAAAAAAUCUACAUCCGAAAAGACCUUCGAAGCCCAUUAGCUGCAACUCCAACUUUUGUAACAGAUAGUGAAACUGCAAGGUCAGCAGGACUGUUAGAUUCAGGAAUGUUUGUGAAUAUUCACCAGUCUGGAAUAAAAACUGAGUCAACUGUGCUGAUGACACCAGAUAAGGCUGAAUCAUGUCAGGGAGACUUAAGUACAUUGGCCAGUGUGGUUACAUCAUUAGCAAACCUUGGAAAAAGUAAAGAUCUUUCUCAGAAUAGUAAUGAAAUAUCUAUGAUUGAAAGCUUAAGUAAUGGUGAUACCUCUUUGUGUGAAUUUCAUCAAGAAAUGCAGACUAAUGGUGAUGUUUCAAGGGCUUUUGAUACUCUUGCAAAAGCAUUGAAUCCUGGAGAGAGCACAGCCUGUCAGAACGCAGUAGAAGGCAUGGAAGGAAGCGUACACCUAAUUGCCGGAGACUCAAACAUAAAUUACAUCGAAAAAGAGGGGCCACUUCUCAGCGAUUCACACGUAGCUUUCAGGCUCACCAUGCCUUCUCCUAUGCCUGAGUACCUGAAUGUGCACUACAUUGGGGAGUCUGCUUCCAGACUGCUGUUCUUAUCAAUGCAUUGGGCACUUUCGAUUCCUUCCUUCCAGGCUCUAGGGCAAGAAAAUAGCAUAUCUUUGGUGAAAGCGUAUUGGAAUGAACUUUUUACUCUUGGUCUUGCCCAGUGCUGGCAAGUGAUGAACGUGGCAACUAUAUUAGCAACGUUUGUCAAUUGUCUUCACGGUAGCCUUCAGCAAGAUAAAAUGUCAACAGAAAGAAGAAAAUUAUUGAUGGAGCACAUCUUUAAACUACAGGAGUUCUGCAACAGCAUGGUUAAACUCUGCAUUGAUGGAUAUGAAUAUGCCUACCUGAAGGCAAUAGUACUCUUCAGUCCAGAUCAUCCAGGCCUAGAAAACAUGGAACAAAUUGAGAAAUUUCAGGAAAAGGCAUAUGUGGAAUUCCAAGAUUAUAUAACCAAAACAUACCCAGAUGACACCUACAGGUUGUCCAGACUACUACUUAGAUUACCAGCUUUGCGAUUGAUGAAUGCUACUAUCACUGAAGAAUUGUUUUUCAAAGGCCUCAUUGGCAAUGUACGAAUUGACAGUGUCAUCCCACAUAUUUUAAAAAUGGAACCUGCAGAUUAUAACUCACAAAUAAUUGGUCACAGCAUUUGAAAUCUGAGAUAUCAGUGUAAACUUACUGUUCUUUCCUGGAACACAAAAUGACACCAAAUUAAACUAGUUACUUCCAGGGUAUCUGGAAAUUUUGACUUUAAAGAGUAACCAAAAACCAAGGUGUUUUUAUUUUAACUUCUUAAGAAUUUUUGAAGUGACUGGGCAGGUAUCAGGAAUCAAAAUUUCCUUUCCUGCCUUAUUUAAGUGAAUAAGAAAUAUUAUGAAUUUAUUCUUGGUUAAGAGGACACCUUAAGCUGUCACUUCUUGGCAUCUACACUAAGAUCUCUUAUUAUAUUUUAUCUUAUAAAACAAAUAAAUUAGUCUUUUUUUUUCCAGAAUUGUGUUCUAUUCAUAUUUUUCAUUAUGAACUAGUACAAACACUUAAUUGUCAGAAAUACCUAAGGAGGAUUUCCUUGCAUUUUACUCUUAAUAUAUAAUCUGUUUUAAUUACCACGUAAAAGAAGAUUCUUUUAUUCUCAGUGACAUAAUGGUAACAUUAGAACCAUAGGAAAUAAUAACUGAAUAUAUAUAUUUUUUGUCUUUUGUAAAUAUUAUGGAACCUUUAGCAUAUACCACUCUCAUUGCUGGCAAUGAGACAUAGGCCAUUUAUGUCUCAAGACUUUUUUUAGUGUUGUACAUUAUUAGUUACAAGCACUUUUUAUUUAUGUAUGUAGCAGAAAAUUGUUUUUGAGAAUGAGGUAGGGUUCAUGUUUUAAUAUUUUUGGUUUACUGCUAUGUUUUAAAGUAGUAGAGACUGAGCCCCAAAUGUUUCAGUAUUUCCAAAUGGAUAUUAAAAUUAUUGCUUUUCCAUUCCACAAAUGGCAUUUGACUUCUCUCCCUCUUUCCUGACCUGCAUUAUAACUUCCUGACGCUUCCAUGAGUUUUAGCCAGUUUCUUUUAGGGCCUUAGAAAUACCCAAUUUGUUAAAUAAUGGAUUUCUCAUAGCCAAUCUGUGUUUUCAAGGUGAGUUAAACAAUUAUUUUAAAGCAAAUUGGUAAUUUUCAAAAAUUUACGUUUUUUAACAUGUAAAGGAAUAUGCACUGAUAUUUGAUAUUUCACCCUAAAGGAGGGAAAGCUAUUUUAACAAGAGUAUGCACAUCAACCUGAAGCCUUGUUGCCACAACAAAACCAUUUUAGACUCCCUGGAUGCCUUCCACAGUAAUGUUUUCCUCAGCAAACCUGAGUAACUGUUAAAUCUUUCCUUGCUCUGAUUGUCAUAAUGAAUUUUGGUUUAUCUAUUUGUUGAUUUUUUAAAAAUAUGGAGAUUUUAUUGCACUCAGAGUACAUUUUUAUAAAGAUUUUUGCAACAGAAGAAAAGCUGAAUUUAGGGGAGGAUGUGGAUUUUACUAAUUGUUACUUUAUAGUAAAUCAGAAGUUUAAAAGUAUCAACUUUCAGUCUUUACCAACUUACUAAGGGAAAAUUUUUCCCCUAUUUUAAAUGUAAUUUUUAUCAACAGUUUUAUUUAUAAUUAUCAACUGGGAAAAACUACAUUUAGUAUAAAAUAUUCAAAUGGAAAAAUCAGUAGGUUUAUAUCUUUAUAAACCCAUUGAAGUAAGCCAAGGAUUCAGGAAAAUAAUUCUUUAAAAUAAUAUACUAAUGGUUAAUUAAGAUACAUUUUUCUUUCAGGUAUUUUUCCUGAAUAAAUUUGUAGUUAUAUUUGGAAGUAUUUUUAAAACUCUAUUAAAAUGUGACCAUUAAAAAUGUCGAUUUAUUUGA